CUUCCCUCCAAAUCAAUCCAAUGAUCUCAUAAAACUCAAGGCUGAUAUCUUUCUUUGCCCUGCCGCCCGCCUUUCGAUCGGCAUUUUCAGCCGAGAGCUCAUUUGAGUUCAUUUCAGUUCAGAUCUUGCUUGCUGGGUUGCUGGUCAGCAAAACUCUCGGUUACGGGAUUCAUUCCGAAAAGAAAAUAAUACUAAUAAUCGUAACUCUCGUAACUCUCGGAGCUCGUAUCGCCCAACGCCGCUUCUCACUCAAAAAAUCCGCGACAGACCGUGGCGCUCUCACAAUCGAAAUCCAUUGACGCGAGGCGUAUUGUAGCAGUAGUACCCAUCCAGUGAUGCAACAAUCAGACUACAGCCAGUGCCACUCCCAGUCCCAGUGCCAGUCACAGUCCCAGUCCCAGUCCGAGUCCCAGUCCUAACCCGAUCCCACAACAGACCGCAUUUCCAAGAUGACUGAUAAUGGGCAUCAUCAGCACAACAACAAAAACAAUAACAACAACAACAAUGAGGCAUCCAGACUACGAUUGCCCGAGGACCAGCCGACAGCAGAGCAACAGCUGCUCCACCCGCAGCAGCAGCAGCGGCAGCAGCAGCGGCAACAGAAUGGUUCUGGCCAGGCCAAGAUAGUGCCAGCAAAAACAAAAAAGAAGCGUCGCGACAAGAGCGAUCUGGGCGAUGAUUUUGUGGCGCCCGAUGGCGGCUGGGGCUGGCUGGUGGCCAUCGCCAGUGGCCUGAAUAUCCUGGUGACAUUCGCCCUGGCCCAGCAGUUCGGCAUCCUGUUCCGCACUCGUAUGAGCAAUCUGGGGAUCAGCAACUCGGAGCUAACCACCAUCAUCAAUACACAGAUUGCUGUCUCUGCAUUUACGGGCCUCUUGAAUGGGCCGCUGUUCCGGCGCUACACAUACCGCGUGGUGGCCCUGGUCGGGUCAGUGCUGACCUUCUUGGGGCUCUUCUGGAUGGUGUUCGCCGACACCUUCACCGUCUACCUGCUGAGCUUCUCGAUCAUCUAUGGGUUCGGGCGUGGCCUGACGGUGUCCGCCUCCUCGCUGGCGGUGAACACGUACUUCAAGGUGAAGCGCCGCACGGCCACCGCGUACCAGUUCGGGGUGGCAGGCCUGGGGCCCAUCGUGUGCCCCUACUUUGCCACCUACAUGCUGCAGGUGUUCGGGGUGCAGGGCACGACGCUGCUGUUCGCCGGCGCCUCGCUGCACACGAUCGCCUGUUCGCUGAUCUAUCAGCCGGUGAAGUGGCAUGUGGUGAAGCGGGACAAGGAUGCCGAGGCGCUGCAGCAGCCGCAGGGGCUGGCCGAGCGGGAGGACCAGGAUGAGGACAUCAUCAAGCAUGUGGUGGAGCCGGAGACACCUGUCCUGCCGCGGGCCAACGAUGGCUGGUAUGGGUCCAGGGCCUCGCUGAACAGCAGCGGCACCCGGAACCGCCUCAACACCUGGGAGAAGUCCGAGCACAGCGGUCACGUGGAGCUGAAGCGUCUGAAUAGCCGGGGCGAAGGCAAGGACCUGCCCUCCCGCCAGCAGCGCAGCAUCUCCGUGAGCCACAGCAUCAAGGAGGAGGAGGAGGUGGCGGUGGCGGUGACGGUGGCGGGGAAGAGGCCAGGCUACGACUCGGAAUCCGAGGCGGAAGUGGUCUCCCUCAAGCUGACAGACAGGGACAAGCAGGAGCUGGAGGACGAGAUAGAGCGUGAGCGGCGCAAGAAGCUGCCCUUCUACAUGAAGGUGGUCAUAUUCUUCGACCUGGAUCUGCUGCGGGACUUCACCUACGUGAACCUGGCCGUGGGCAUCACGCUGAUCAACUUUGUGGAGAUCAACUUUGCCAUCCUCACGCCAUUCAUUCUGAACGAUCUGGGCUUCCAGGGCGACCAGAUAGCCCUGGCCAUGUCCACGCUGGGCUUCUUCGAUCUGGUCGUCCGCUUCCUCAUUCCACUGAUCACCGCCAAGAUCAAUCUGAGCAAUCGAACCUUCUUUGUGGUGGGCAUCCUGGGCAUGUGCCUGGGCCGGGUGUUCCUGUCGAUGACCUCCAACUUCUAUGCGAUGGUCGGGAUCUUUCUGUUUCUUGGCCUCAACAAGGCCUUCCGCACGGUCUUCUGGUCGCUGAUCAUACCGGGAUAUGUGCCACUGAAGCGUCUGCCAGCCGCCGCAGGACUUCAGCUGCUGAUGUCCGGCACCUUCUCCAUGGCCUUCGGCCCACUCAUAGGUCUGGUGCGGGACCACACCAGCUAUGCCUUUACCCUCAACUGCCUGAAUGCCCUCUGUGUGAUGGCCAUCGCGGGCUGGUAUCUGGAGGACUUCAUCCGCGCCCGCACCCGCAAAUCGCCGCCCGUCAAAUCGGUCAACUGAAACAGCAUCGAGGGGAUUCCCCAUUCCCCAAAUCCAUUCAGCCAUAAGUCUAGCUAGCGAAAUGUUUCCACCCUCCCCCCCAAAAGAUGUUUUUUUUUUUAUUAUGCUUAUUAUUAUAUGUUUUAAUGUAAAUUAUAGUCAGCGUGUACAUUGUGUAUAUAAUAAUUGAGUGUAGCUAAUUAUUUGUAUUAACUAUUGAUAAUUGUUAUAAAUAUGCAUAAGCUGCCAGCAAAAAGCCAAAAAAUAA